AUGAAAAUCCUUACAGUGGUGUCAGGUCCCUGGAACGAGGCUAGAAGACCUCGCGCCACCGACCAUGUAACUGCUUUCAACUCUACAUACGAACCUAACGAAUACGUCGAGUGUUGUCGACGGCUGUGUGUCAAGAACUGAACGCGUUGUCUUUCCAAAUAACGAUUAUAAAAUUAAUGUUCGGUACACAAAAAUGUAAAUCAAAUGAAAAAUAAGUUAGUGUUAGUGUAAACCAAAGAUAUUUUACUUUUUUUUUAUCGUAUGCUAAGGACUUCCCACAAUAUUCUGAAACACCGAAUGUUUCCUUUUGAUGGCGCUAUGGCCGCUGAAACAGAGGAAAAAUAAUCCUCCUUAACCUCAUUUGUGGAUUUGUAAACAACAUUUCGAAAGCCUGCUGAAUAUUGGACAUCACAAACACUUGCAUAGAUGAAAAUUAAUAACACUCACCACCUCAGAGGGACAACGAUGACUUACGUUAUAAUGAAACGGCACCUCUUUGACCAUACAUUUUUAAUUUUUUAAUGUCUGUUUUGUUGGAAAUCCAUCAUGAACGUAAAACAAGAACGUCAUGAUGAAGCAGAGAUUAGGGAGCUGGCUGCAAAGUUUAUGGAGGCAAACAAGGCCAAAAUGGCUUUGCCCCAAAGGCCUCAGCAACAAGGUGGCCAGAGUAUGAAUAUUUUGAGUUUUUUAGCGGAGAGAACUAAAAACAAGAAUAAUUUGUCUCCAUGUGAUAGUGAAACGAAAAACAUCGAUGAAGAAUCUAUGAAAGGAAGGUUUGGAUGGACUUUCAUGGGCAAAAUGCACAUCCCUUAUAUACUUCGUUCGGGAGAGAGUUACUGUGCGGUUCGCAUGGUGGAAAUGAAAGUUUUGAAUAAGCUGUUGAAUUAUUUACACCAGGAUCUUUACAAUUGUACGAAUAUUCGGAGCUACUACAUUACGGAAGCAGAGGCAAGACUUUUGAAUGAAAUCAACUUUAAACACUGCGACUAUCAAUUUGGUCGUGAACAAUUCACUUCGAGGGACCUAAUAGUACGAUUGACUGACGCAAAUGAGUUUUAUCAAUUUUUAGGGCAUUGUUAUGCAAAAUUAGUUAAUAACACUGAUUCUGAAAACUUGGAACGUUGUGGUUUUAUCAGAAUUAAUAGAGAAUCAGUAGUACCUUACACAGUGUAUAAUGAACAGAAGUAUGUGCCGCUUUUCUAUUUCGAAGGUGAAACUGACAAUUUGAAACAACGGGCUGACAAACUUGAGGGAUGGGAUUUAUCUUAUUUGAAAUUUUGUUGUAAAGUACAAGGAAUUAGGAAUGAAUUGUUCGCUCAUGAUUCCUGUUCAGUAAUUAGUUUAAAUGACAUUAAGAAUUACUUCCCUCCGGGAACAAUGUUCGAAGAUUAUUGGCCUAAAAAGAAUCUUGAUUCGCAGUUACUCAUAAGUCGAAAUUCUAAUCAUCAACAGCAAAUUGUUCAGUGGACUCGACAGCCAAUAGCUCCCCCAAUAUCGACUCACCCUCCUCCAUCCCCAAAACCUGCCACACAGGCAAAGGCAGCGAACAACACUCAUAUGCAGAAUGUGCACGUUUAUGCAAAUUACGGAAUAGCAGGUGGACAACCCACAUAUCAUUCCACCCAACCUAGAACAGCUAGCAGUGCUGUGAGAGCUACAUAUCCCUCAGCACAAUCAAGAAUGCGACCAUAUUCCUAUUCCAAUAUGGGACAGGCACCACCUCCUCUAGUUCGAGCCAAUUCAUCUUCGAUGGCGCAAUACAAUGCUCAAAAUAACGCAGCUGGAAGCUACAUGGUCAUCGAGCCAAAUAUGAAUCAAAAUAAUUAUCAUCAAGCAUCACAGUCGAAUUAUCCACCACCACUUCUUCAUAUGAAUGGAGGAAUAUCUCGAUAUGAGGGACCUCAGGCAACAAGGAGUAAUUUGGAACAGAACGAACAUUUCAACACUCCCAGUACAUCUUCGGGAGUGGGUGAAAACGGCCUUCACCAACAGUGUUCCCCAAAUUAUCAAGAAAGCAAACCAGAUGGAACUCCGAAUGGUGAAUACUUUCAAGAGUUGCAGAACAACUAUGCUGUAAAUAGUACGUCAGCCCAAAUGGUCAAUCAGCAACCAGCCCAUCAAGCAACAAGAUCCCAGUCAGCUUCAUCAGAGGAAAGAAACAAUAUUACAAAUGGUCGAUCGAUGGCAAACAACAUGAACCGAAACAGCAAACUUAUAUCACUUCCUGAUACCCCAGCAACUAGUAGCGCUAGCAGCAUUCCAUAUAAAAUUCAGAAAGCACUAGUUGAAGGUAAAAUGAUACCUUGCAUCAACAUGAAACCCAAUGUUUGGACGGACAUGUUGGUUACGUUGCCAGACUUAGUAACGAAUUUUUUCAAUAACGUACCAGUUCAGUCUUGUCAGCAGGUCAUGCAGGUUUUGGGAAUAGAAAUCUUCAAGGCAAAUACUUCUCAGAUGCGGCUUCUGGUGGAGAAUGGCAGGUAUCAAAAUACCAGUGAGACGAUUCCCUUAGUGCAAGUUAGGAACGUAAUUGACUUCAUGCCUCAAUUGAAAUAUAUGUUGAGUGGAAUGUUGACCUCCGAUGUGGCAUCGAAGAGGCAAAGGAAUAGCUAGGAGUGGGUUUCCUGGGGGGGCAUCUAUGACUAUAAUAUUGACUUCUAUAAUUAUUAGUGAAGUGCAACAGUCCCUAUAUGAAAACAUUAUAUUGUUUUAUAAAAGUUGUUCCUAAUGUGUAAAAAUUAUGCAGAACUCGUUAAUUGAAAGUGAAACAUUACAUGAAUAACUGCGGUAUUUGAGGUAAUGUUUUAUUUUUUUACGAUUUUGACUUGUACAUUUAUCUUUAACAUGUUGUGUGACAUUUCAACAGAUAUUUUAAAUUAUUAUCACUUGAACAGCUGCCACCAAACAUGUCCGUGAUUCAAAACCAUUCGUUGAAGUUGAGGUAGAUUUAAUUUUCUGAAGUUUAUUUUCUAAUGGUUUCGAAAAUGUGCAAUUCAAGACCUAAAUUAUGAUGUUCUUAAUUAAUUUGAAUCUUUUUACAUGCUAAGUUUCACUGAAAUUUUUUUGCAUAACUCCUGUAUACGAUUCCAGAACUGUGAUGUUAGGAUACGGACAUAUAUGAUGUGUAUUUUUUUUUUUGAAUUGUAUAUUGAUGAUUUUUCACUUCAGGAAUCGUAUUCAGAAUGUAUGUUUACAAGACCAAUAUUUUUGAUGAAUCAGUGGUGCACUGUAAGGACAAUUAAUUCAAUGUCUAACCCUUAAUUUAUUGUUUGGUGAUAUUAGUGUAAGGAUUUACCUAUAUUUCUGCACUGCAAAUUUUUGUGCGUUCGCUAGUCACGGAGGUGUGUGAACUGAUGCAAUCCACAAUAUUCACAGUUUCAGUUUUCAAGUAUCAUAUUUUCAUUGAUAAUUGCAUUUUUAUUUAUUGAGUUUCUGCGUCAUUUCGAUCUGUCACUCAAAAUUUCAAAAAUAAUCCGUUCUACGGUCCAAGGCUUUGCUACAAGCUCAGUUCCUAGCCCAACAUUUGUUUUAGGAGAUGGAGAACUGAAUAGAAACUAGUAAAUGUGGCUGAUUUGAUUCCACGUCAACCACGUUGAUAGGUGAGCACAUGAUCAAUUAUCAUGUAAGAACUUUUUAUAGUUUUGUUAGGACUCUAAUUCUUUUAAUGUAAUUUAUAUAUUGAUUUUAUAUUCAACUUUGUUUUUUCAUAAAUUUUCUAUACGAUAA